CGCAAACCGAGUUUGUCGUCAAGUCAUUCGUAAGUAGACAAAUCAAUACAUUAGAAGGUUCUGUUGUGAUUGAUUGUGUAAUUCUUACGGUGAUUUAGUGGAAGGGCUAUUACACGGACGUGGGCCUUGCAGACAUGGCAAACAACAACACAAACAACCUCGCCCUGCGUUCCAUUCUCGAUAAAGACAAAUUGAACGUAACAAACUUUUUUGACUGGCAACGCAAUUUCUCCAUUGUUCUCCACAUGGAUGAGAAAGAGUAUGUGCUCGAAAAGCCCAUUCCUCCUGCCCCUCCCGCUAACGCCUCGAAAGUAGUUAAAUAUGCCUACGAGAAACAUGUCAAGGAUGACAACCAGGUUAGCUGUGUCAUGCUGGCUACAAUGAUAACCGAGCUGCAAAAACAGCACGAGGACAUGAAGGCCCACGAGAUGAUCGUGGCCUUGCGGCAGCUAUACCAGGGACAAUCCAGGCAUGAAUGUUUUCUCCUUCUUAAAAUGCUCCAGACUGCAGAGGAGAACCUUACUAAGGGCAAAGGUUCUUCCGUCCUUAUGGUCCAAGGCGGAAAGGGGAAGCCGAAGAAGGGGAUUAAGAUUAAGGCUAGGACGGUCGGAAAGCCUAAAUCAAAGUCCACUUCAUCUGCAACCCAGAAACCCGUAGGAGGGAUUGCAAAGGGAAAAUGUCAUCACUGUGGUAAGGCAGGCCACUGGAGGAGAAACUGCAAGACAUACCUCGCAACCAAGAAGAAGGAAGACAAGUCCCUUUCCAUUUACAGAAAGAAUGUUUUCUAUGCUAAUGCCAACAUGACCAAUGGGUUAUAUGUCCUUGACUUGGACAUGCCCGUCUAUAACAUAUCAGCCAAGAGGAACAAACCAAAUGGUUUGAACCAAGCAUACCUAUGGCAUUGUAGGUUAGGCCAUAUAAACGAGAAACGCAUAUCCAAGCUACAUCGGUCAGGAAUGCUGGAGUCAUUUGAUCUUGAAUCAUAUGACACAUGCGAAUCUUGUUUAUUGGGAAACGAUAUUCCUACUCUAACCACCGUCAAAACGUGGUUGAGUAAGAGUUUCUCUAUGAAGGACUUGGGAGAUGCGAGUUAUGCACUUGGCAUAAGGAUGUAUAGGGAUAGAUCACGGAAGCUUUUAGGUCUCAGUCAAAGUACAUACAUAGACAAGGUCCUCGCUAGAUUCAGCAUGUCUGAAUCGAAACGAGGAAGUUUGCCUAUGGUCCAAGGCACGAGUCUUUCCAAGACUCAGGGUGCUUCCACUCCAGAGGAAGUAGAACGCAUGAGAAAUGUUCCUUAUGCAUCGGCCAUUGGAUCCAUCAUGUAUGCGAUGGUAUGUACGAGACCUGAUGUCGCCUUUGCUUUGAGUGUCACGAGUAGAUACCAGUCCAACCCUGGCGAAAGCCAUUGGACGGCUGUGGAGAACAUCCUUAAGUACUUUCAUAGGACUAAGGAUUCCUUCCUGGUAUAUGGCGGAAAAGAAGAGCUCAGUAUUGUCGGAUAUACUGAUGCCAGCUUCCAGACUGAUAGAGACGACUUCAAGUCGCAGGCGGGGUAUGUGUUUUGUUUGAAUGGCGGAGCUGUUACCUGGAAGAGUUACAAGCAAGAUACUACCGCUGAUUCCAUUACAGAAGCAAAGUACAUGGCUGCAGCCGAGGCAGCCAAGGAAGGUGUGUGGCUCAAGAAUUUUAUUACUGAGCUUGGAGUGGUUCCUAGCAUCAAGAACCCUAUACCGUUGUUUUGCGACAACAAUGGGGCAAUUGCACAAGCGAAAGAACCUAGGUCUCACCAGAAGACCAAACACAUCGUUAGACGUUAUCACAUCAUACGAGAAACCGUUGCACUUGGGGACGUUGAGAUUUGCAAGAUAGGUACAGACGACAAUAUUGCGGAUCCGUUGACGAAGGCUUUGGGAAAGCCUAAACACGAGAGUCAUACGUGGUCCAUGGGCAUUCGAGAAAUGCAUGAUUGGCCUUAGGGCAAGUGGGAGAUUGUUGUAUUUAAGUGCCCUAGCGGCAAUCAAAUACCUAUAUAACUGUACACUUUAUCAUGAAUGAAAUGCUCUGAAGUAU